UAUUACUAUUGCUACCCCCAUUGAUCUCUUUAUUAACCUCAAUAUUCGUGUCUGUAUCAUCUCAGCUCCAUUCUACAAAACCUAUGAAUGUCUGCAGCGAUUUAUACCAUUCCAGUGGAUAUUUCUUUCUCACCUCCUGAGCCUUCCUUUUCCCUCUUGCCCUCAGUUUAACACUACUCCACACAUCCUCUCCUUCCUUUAUCCAUUUCGUUCAAUCUCUUUUAUUCUCUCAUUCAGUCUUUAGUUUCUCUUUCACAUGCUUCUCUUCUUCUCCUUCCAUGCUUUCAUUCCCUCUAUCUUUCCAUCCUUUUCCAUAUAUAAUCCUCUACUGUCGUCCUGUCUAACAAUCCAUUCUUCACACUGACCCCUUCCUUCUUUCUCCAUUAUGAUCCCUUACUCCAUCGAUAGCCCUUUAUUUCCUCACCCUCUUUGUUCUACUCUCACCAAUCGCCCUUUAACAAGAUGUUAGGAGUAUCUGCCAGCAGAUAAAUAUUUACACAUAUAUACAGAGAAUUAGUGAACUGGUACCACAGUGUCCUGGGAGGACAUUUAGGAGAUUGAUAUGAACUACAAUGCAAUGAGCAGGUCUCAGACACAUCUACUGGACUAUAGGAUCUAAUCCGGCCAUGUGAGUUGGUGCGUGAAAAUUUCACUAUUUCAAGAAUCAAGUUUUAGUAGCAGAUCAUAUCUCAAUGUUGUUAAAGGGGACAAUGGGCUGCGGCAGAAGCAAGCCACAUUCUACCUCUUCCCUAGAGGAGGUAGAUAAGGACUGCAGUGCAUCCACGAGAAAGCAUCCAAAGUCACAUGCAUGUAAAAAAGGUGACAAAUCAUCCCACAGAAUCGGGAGCAAGAAAGAAGUGAAAGGUAUUCUGAAACAACAAGCUCUCCAACAGCAUCAGAUGGGUCGUCAUCAUCAGGUGUCAUCCACACAGGGCAGUGUGCAAUCACAGAGUUUGCAGCGCAGCCACCACCGGCCAUUGGAACAAGCGCUGCGCCCUUCCACCACUGAACAAAUACAUGUGAAGAACUCACUGCAUCAGAAACAAGCAAAGUUGUGUCCAUCGAAGACAGUGUCACCGAAAUUGUCCAGCAACCAGUGCCACAACGAUGACAGUCACAACAGCCGGAGUAAUGGUAGCACAGUGGUACUACAAUACGAUGGACAUUCCAGUAAUUUAAGUGUUGUCUCACCUGAACAAAUUGACAAGAGAAGUGCAGAUGACAAAGGAUCUGUUAACAAGAAGGAUCAACCUAAGGGUGAGCAAACAUCUAAGACAGCUUUCAAAGAUAAACCAUCAGGAAAAUUCUACAAUACCAAGAUUACACGUAGUCAGUUGGAAUUUUUUAGAAUGCUAGAUGAAAAAAUUGCUCAGGGCAAAGAUUACUGCUCUGAAGAGGAAACGUAGCAGAUGUCCAGUGGGUGACUAGCACAGGCUUUAUGUGGGUUCCCUUUCUGACGGCACUUCCAAAUCAAAACAAAACAAAACAAUCAUUUUAAACAACAACAGUAAUAAUUAUAGUAAUAAUAAUAAUAAUAACAACAACUAACACAAAGACUGGAGACAACUAAAAGCCCAGCCACUAUUCAGCCAGCAUUCAGUUCGACCCUACCUAUGACAGAGCUUUCAUAUCUCUCUUUGACUUUUACAUUGCCAUCUGCAAUACCAAUAGCUUUAAAAGCUUGCUCGUAACAAUUUAAUCAUGAUGAUGAUGAUAAUAAUGAUGAUAUUGACAAUAAUAAGGAAUUAUAGUAAUUUAAGUUUUAUACACAUACACUCACAUAUAUGUCCAUAUAUGCAUGUGUGUGUGUGUCUAUAUACAUAUAUGUAUAUGUGUGUGUGUAUAAAUAUAUAUAAACACACAUAUAGCCACUUUAAGCAUACAAGCCAACAAACAAAAAAAUCCAAACAGUAUUCUCUUUCGUCAAUAUAAUUCUCCAGGAGUGAUGUUAGCACCAGCAUUAUCAUUGUCAUCACCAUCACCCCACCACACACACACACACACACACACACACUACUGUACUCUCAAUACCACACCAUACAUUUCUUGAAUAAAACAACAAAACUUUUAAAAGAAUUGUGAAAAAUUUGUUAAAAAUGGAAUUCUCCCAAUUUCAAAGGAAAGAAACUUAGGAAGAGAACUAAGUAAAAGUGAACAAAAGAAUAAAGAAAAUAAAGAAAGAAAGAAUGAAUGAAGGAAAAUAGAAUGACAGAAAGGAAAGAAGAAAGAGUGUAGAAGAGAUUUUCUAUUUAAAGCCAACAUUUUCACAAAUAUUGUGAAUGAAGAACUGAAGAAAGAAGAAAUUCUUCGUGUCUGCUACCCUGAUUUUAUAUGUCUAAAAGAAUUCUUUGAGACUGUUCUGACUCUUUGCUGCCAUAGUUUACUAAAAAGACGUGCAAUAUAUAUUCUUUGGAAGUUUCUAACCCUAACCCUUCACCUGAAAGAAAUCUAAAAGCAACAAAAUUUCUUGUGUUUUUUUUUUAUUCCUUUUUUUACCUCCUCUUCAUCACUACUACUACUAUUCACCUUCAUCUUCAGAUUGGGGGAAAUCUUUGUGUGGCCUGUUGACAUGCUAGAAACAAGUAGUCAAGUACCUUCCUUAAACCCUACCUUUUACCCAAUUGUCUUAAAUAAGCAUAAACAUUAGACAAAGUUUAUGAAACUUUAAAUGGAACGGUUUUGAUCAUAGAUAUACUCAAUCGGGACUGACCUGCCCGUGGUUAUACAAUAACAGCAACAUUUUUACUCCAUUUCUCUGACUUACUGUUUUAAUUAGGUUGAAAUAAAUUCCAACCUAAAACACUGGAACUUAACAUGUUACAUCUUCAUUCCAUCCUUUCAUUCCAACUCCACAACCCAUCAUCCGAACCAUUCCCCUGCAUCAACCUCUCUUCUUAAUUGAACAGAUUUUCUUUUUCUAUUUGCUUGUUGUUAUAAAUCUUUAAAAGUUGUUUGUGUUACUCCCUUUGACAUUUUCCCCCUUGUGCCAUUCCUUUUCUUUGAUCUCAAACCACAUCACAUUGAUAAUAACUCUAGCAUAUUUACUAGGUGCACGCAACGCUGCAGGCUUCAGAAGUUUGAGACCAUGUGGUUUCUGGUUCAAUCCCACUGCAUGGCAAAUGUCUUUUCCUACAGUUUCAUUGAGUGAAAUUUUGAGACUUUACCAGAGCUGGUCAUAGCUGUGUAUGCUUGUCUGCAUGUGUGUGUGUUUGUUUUCACUUGUCUUUUCCAAUUCACCACAGGGGCAGUGUUUCUGUUCUGCCACUGCUGUGAUUCCAAGUGUGGCAAUCCCAAUGGAAUAAAGUAGCUGACUUGAAACAAGUGUGGAAUGGCACCAACAGUGGCAAGUUUUGUACAGUCCAUGCCAUCUUGGAAAAGCAAGGAUGAUGAAUGUGUGUGUGUAUGGUGAUGAAUAUGAUAUGAUGUGUGAUAUGUAUGUGAUGAUGAAUAUCAUAUGGGAUAACAAACAAAAAUCAUUCACCCAUCAACCACUCACUUUCUCAAAACAAAAAUCCCCAUUAAAAAAAGAAAUAUAUUUAUUUAAGAUCUCACGCAAACCUGUGUUGAAAUUAUUUGGGGGAGAAGAGAGACACACACAGACACACAGACAGAAAUAUCACUUUUUUUGCUUUUUUUUAACUAUUUUUUUAAAAUUGAGGUAAAAAUGUUAAAAAUGUUAAUUUCAAAAAAUAAUUUUAAAAAUAGAUAAAAAGAGAAAGUUUAUUGCAUGGAUGAGAGAUAAUUAGAAAGAAAUAAUUGAGAUGUUAAAAAGAACAAUAACAGAUAAAAUGAAGGGGCUGGUGUGAUUUUUUUUUUUUUUAGGAUGGAACUGCAAUGAGGAAGGAAAAUGUUAUUUUGGUCUGUUUUAAACCUAUAAAACUUGUUGGCGAGUUUUUUGUUUUUGUUUUUAGCAAAGAUGAGAGAGAAAAGAAUAUAUUAAAUACAACAACAGUAAAUGUGUUUGGAGAUUUCUUUUUUCUAAAUCUAACAAAAAAAAAACGUCUUUUUUUGAGACGUGAAAUAGCUCAAUGUGAUACGAUAUUAAAAAUUUUAAAAAAACAUUUUUUUAAAGAAAAAAGCAAAUUACAAACUGAUUUUAACUUUUAAGUGAUAUGAUGGUGAUGAUAAUGUUGAUAAUAAUGAUAAUAAUAAUAAUAAUAAUAAUAAUUGAAUAAAGUUGAGAUGGUGACGAAAAUUUAAAUAGAGAAAUAAAAAUUAACAGUUGAUCCCAUCCCAACUUCUCUUUCUCCCCACACAGUAAAUAACAAAAAUACCUGCCACAAAAAGAACUGUUUCUUUUUUCUUUAGUUUUAGGGUUUGUUCUGUUGAUACAUUAAAUAAAAAAAAAGUGAUUAAAGAGAAAAAACAAGAAAAAAGGGUGAAAAUUGUGAUUUUUUUUUUCUUUGAAUAUUGAAAAAAAAAGCAAAUAUAUCUAUUUGAUUUUUAACCAUCUUUUCCUUCAAAGGUUAAUCAUUUUGCUUGUAACAAAACCAAAAAAUAUGCUACACAUUUUCUCACACACAUUCACUGCUAAAAGACAAAAGCAGUUGUUGCCCCAAUCUCCAGUCCUUCACAUGACAGAGAGUUCCGUCACUUUAGUUCAUUCAUAUUAUAUUGACAUUAUUUUUGUGUCCCUUUUUUUAAUUUUUUUUUUCCAUUGCAUCAUCAACAACAAUCACAAUUGUUACAAUCUACUGAUAUUUCCUCAGUAAAUCUUGUUUCCAGCUUUCUGUUGGUCAUUGUAUCUACUCGGACCACAAACAGGAUGUCGACACGUGUGACUGUUGCUACAUGUCUAAAUCUAAAGAUGAAUCCAUGUGGUCAGACUACAUUAAAAUUUAUAUUUAUUUCAUAUGUAAAUGUGUGCAUGUUUUCUUGAAUGUAAUUGCAUUAAUAUUUGUUGCAUGCAUUAUGUGUCUUGUAUGUAUGUGUGUAUAAAACUGCAUUAACAUUAGCUACAUGCAUUAUGUAUGUGUAUAAUAUGUGUGUUUGUAUAUGCAUGUAGAUAUAUAUAGUUUGGUGGGUUGAAAAUGCAUUUGAGUCUUAAAAGAAAUUGUAGUUUUAAAAUUUUGUGACAAAUUCGACAUUUUAUUUUUGUUUUGUUUUGUAAUGGCAAAUACAAAAAAGUUUAGGAGAGAUUGAAAGUACAAUAUUUAUUAAGCUUCACAGAGAAAAACAGUAAUACAGGUUCAGAUGUUCAAUGAAUUUCAUAACAGUCAUAUGUGAUCGAAAGUUCAAUAACAUUGAGUUAUAUUAACAAUAUAACUCAAGUUAUAAGUUUUUAAAAGAGUCAGGAAA